AACUGCUGUAAUAUGAAGGCUGUAAAGGUGAUUUUCUUGUUGCUUAUCAUCUGUCUUUGGAUGGAAGGAGGAUUCACCAAAGAAAAAUCUGCUAAGAAGGGAAAGAAGAAGGGGAAACAGGUUUACUGUCCUUCGCAGCUGUCGUCAGAGGAUCUGGCACGGGUUCCGGCAAACUCUACCAGCAACAUCCUUAACAGGCUUUUGAUCAGCUAUGACCCAAGAAUCCGACCCAACUUUAAAGGUAUUCCCGUUGAAGAUCGUGUGAACAUCUUCAUCAACAGCUUUGGGUCCAUCCAAGAAACCACUAUGGACUAUCGUGUCAACAUCUUUUUGAGACAGCGCUGGAACGACCCCAGACUCCGGCUUCCUCAGGACUUCAAGUCGGACUCGCUCACCGUUGACCCGAAGAUGUUCAAAUGCCUGUGGAAACCCGAUCUUUUCUUUGCCAAUGAAAAGAGCGCCAACUUUCACGACGUUACUCAGGAGAACAUCCUGCUCUUUAUCUUCAGAAAUGGAGAUGUCCUCAUCAGCAUGAGGUUGUCUGUUACCCUCUCUUGUCCACUGGACUUGACUCUUUUCCCCAUGGACACCCAGCGAUGCAAAAUGCAGCUUGAGAGCUUCGGCUACACCACAGAUGACCUGCAGUUCAUGUGGCAGUCUGGUGACCCUGUACAGAUGGAAGAGAUUGCUCUGCCUCAGUUCGAUAUUAAACAAGAGGACAUUGAAUAUGGCAACUGCACUAAGUACUAUGCAGGGACAGGCUACUACACAUGUGUGGAGGUGAUUUUUACUCUGAGGAGGCAGGUGGGCUUCUACAUGAUGGGUGUAUAUGCUCCCACCCUGCUCAUCGUCGUCCUCUCCUGGCUCUCCUUUUGGAUCAACCCUGACGCCAGCGCUGCCCGUGUGCCUCUGGGGAUACUGUCAGUGCUCUCGCUCUCUUCUGAGUGCACAUCCCUGGCCUCCGAACUGCCCAAAGUCUCCUAUGUAAAAGCGAUUGACAUCUGGCUGAUUGCCUGCCUGCUCUUUGGCUUUGCCUCUCUAGUCGAAUAUGCUGUGGUUCAGGUAAUGCUUAAUAGCCCUAAACGGCUGGAGGCGGAGAGAGCAAAGAUUGCUAGCAAAGAGAAGGCGGAGGGAAAGUCUCCUGCUAAGAACAACAUCAAUGGCAUGGGAAGCACCCCUAUACACGUCAGUACACUACAGGUGACGGAGACAAGAUGCAAAAAGGUAUGCACCUCCAAGUCGGAUUUGCGCUCCAAUGACUUCAGUAUCGUAGGCUCUCUGCCACGGGACUUUGAACUCUCAAACUUUGACUGCUAUGGCAAACCCAUUGAAGCUGGUAAUGCUUGCGGUAAAUCGCAAGCCAAGAACAACAAGAAACCACCACCUCCUAAACCUGUCAUCCCCUCGGCAGCCAAGCGCGUAGAUCUUUAUGCUCGUGCGAUCUUCCCAUUCUCCUUCCUUUUCUUUAAUGUUAUUUACUGGUCUGUGUAUUUGUGAUUGCGUAAAGUUGAAACUGCUUCCAUUCAGCUAACUUUUCCCUCCUUUGUAUUGUUUCGGUCUAUAUAAUUUGUUUCUCAGACAUCAAACGGAGCAGUUUUGCCACUGAUGUGCAGACAGAGCGAAACUAUGGAUAAAA